UUCAAUGACGUGCAUGUGAAAUUCAGCCAAGAAGAGUGGGCCUUGCUGGAACCUUCCCAGAAGCAACUCUACAAAGAUGUGAUGCUAGAGACCUGUGAAAACCUCACUACUAUAGGCAUGAAAGCAGUCAUACUGGAGAGAAACCCUUUAAAUGCACUCUAUGUGGGAAAAACUUCCCCUAUAUCACUGUUCUUAUAUGGCAUAAAAGAACACACACUGGAGAGAAGCCUUACAAAUGUAAUCAAUGUGGUAACCUUUGCAAAAAGCAGUCAGCUCAUACAGCAUAAAAGAACACAUACUGGAGAGAAACCUUAUGAAUGUAACCAGUGUGGUAAAGCCUUUGCACAAAACAGUCAUCUCAUAAGCCAUAAAAGAACACACACUGGUGAGAAACCUUAUGAAUGUAAUGAGUGUGGCAAAGCCUUUGCAGAAAACAGUCAUCUCAUGAGCCAUAAAAGAACACACACUGGAGAGAAACCUUAUGAAUGUAAUGAGUGUGGCAAAGCCUUUGCACAAAACAGUACUCUCUUAAGCCAUAAAAGAACACACACUGGAGAGAAACCUUAUGAAUGUAACCGGUGUGGUAAAGCCUUUGCAAAAAACAGUCAUCUCAUGAGCCAUAAAAGAACACACACUGGAGAGAAACCUUAUGAAUGUAACCAGUGUGGCAAAGCCUUUGCAGAAAACAGUACUCUCUUAAGCCAUAAAAGAACACACACCAAAGAGAAACCUUAUGAAUGUAACCAGUGUGGUAAAGCCUUUGCACAAAACAGUACUCUCUUAAGCCAUAAAAGAACACACACCAAAGAGAAACCUUAUGAAUGUAACCAGUGUGGUAAAGCCUUUGCAAAAAACAGUCAUCUCAUGAGCCAUAAAAGAACACACAUUGGAGAGAAACCUUAUGAAUGUAACCAGUGUGGCAAAGCCUUUGCAGAAAACAGUACUCUCUUAAGCCAUAAAAGAACACACACCAAAGAGAAACCUUAUGAAUGUAACCAGUGUUGUAAAGCCUUUGCACAAAACAGUACUCUCUUAAGCCAUAAAAGAACACACACCAAAGAGAAACCUUAUGAAUGUAACCAGUGUGGUAAAGCCUUUGCAGAAAACAGUCAUCUCAUAAGACAUAAAAGAACACAUACUGGAAAGAAA